AACCGCGCCUCAAUAAUACCAUGCAUUUUAUUUAGAUCUUAAUAAUCACAUAAUAUAACAUCUUGCUUUAAAAGUAUUCAGCUUGCGGAAGAAACGCAACGUUUGUGGCUGAGUUGUCACAUCCGCCGUAACGUGAGAACGGAGUUCCUGUUUCUCGUGUAUCGUUACUGAAUGACCACUAGCAGGGUUUCUCUCUGCUCUGAGGCGUCUCUCUCUGAGUAACCAUAGUUUUACCUGCUGUACGGGCUGAGCAUGCCCUUAAAUCAGUCAGGGCGUUCACAGAAAUUACACUUAGCAGGACGGGUAGCUGACGUUAGCUAGCUGAACUAGCCGUCGCUCGCUAACGUUAGCUAGCUGAACUAGCCGUCGCUCGCUAACGUUGGCUAGCUGAACUAGCCGUCGCUCGCUAACGUUAGCUAGCUGAAUUAGCCGUCGCUUGCCAACGUUAGCUAGCUGGACUAGCCGUUGUUUCCUAACGUUAGCUAGCUGAACUAGCCGUUGUUUCCUAACGUUAGCUAGCUGAACUAGCCGUCGCUUGCUAACGUUAGCUAGUUGGCUAAUCUAGCCCUUGACGUUAGCGCUAAACUGACAUCCUGCCCGUUUGACACGCUCAAGUCAGACGGACCAACGGGGACAACAAUGCUGCAGCUAGGAGACGAUGUCACCCUCUACUCGGUCGUGUUCGUGCUUGUCCUGCUGGGGACCCGCAGCCCGGUGUGGACAACCGUGCUCACUUCCUCGCUCUACCUCUUUGUGGCCAUGUUCCGGUUUCCCCAGGUACCGAGCAGCCGAGCCCGGCUGGUGCUACACCCGGCCACGGGCACGGCAGGCUCUGGCAAUGUGUCGGUGGUGGCUCACCGGUGCGGGGGGCACGACGCACCGGAGAACACGAUUGUUGCCAUCCGGGAGUCCAGCAAGAACGGGGCGACGGGCGUGGAGUUGGACCUGGAGUUCUCAGCAGACAGUGUCCCCAUACUGAUGCACGAUGAGACUGUGGACCGGACCACCAACGGGUCAGGACCGCUCAGCCAGAUGAGACUGUCCGAGUUGGGUAAACUGGACGCAGCAGCUAAACACCGACUCAGGGAAAGGUUUGCUGGAGAGAAGAUCCCCACUCUGGAGGAGGCGGUGGAGGAAUGCAUAAAGCUACAGCUCACCAUCUACUUCGAUGUCAAAGGUCAUCCAGAUGAGGCAGCUGCAGCCCUUAAACAACUGUAUAAACAACAUCCAGUCCUCUACAACACCAGCAUUGUCUGCUCAUUUGAGCCCAAAGUCAUCUACAGGAUGCGGCAGAGUGACCCAGAAGUGGUCACAGCAUUGACCCACCGUCCAUGGAGCCUGAGUCGCCUCGGAGAUGGUGCCCCACGUUUCUCGUCGCCGUGGAAACACAACUGGAUGACACUGAUGGACAUAGUGUUGGACUGGGCUCACCAUCACGUGCUGUGGAAGCUCUGCGGCAUCUCAGCCUUCCUCAUACAGAAAAACUUUGUCUCCGAGGACUAUGUUCAGUACUGGGCCCGGAGAGGGGUGGAAGUGGUUGCCUGGACGGUCAACACAAAGGUGGAGAAGGAUUUCUACCAGGAGUUGCUGCAUGUCAACUACAUCACAGACAGCCUUGUGGAAGACUGUGAACCCCAUUAUUGAAAAAAAAAACAUUAUCCUAGAGCAUGAUUUUACAACAAAAUACUUGAUGAAAAAAGAUCAAGUAUUUAUGAAAAGAGAUUUCUCCCUUCUACUUGUCACCCAAGAUGUGGCUUCAGGUAUAAGAACAUAAGCCACACCCGUUCCGAUGUGUGCUUGUUUGGGGAAAAGUGGGCCAUCUCAAUAUUGAGGGGCUUUUCUUACAUGUCUAGCUUGACCUCUUGGCAAUAACGACCUACCUUAAACGUUUGAUUAAUGCAUUCACCAACUCAGGACUUUGCAUUUGUGUCUUUCAAAACCUGAGGUAUACGGUCAUACACUGACUGGGCUUUUUACUUUGCAACUGCCGUUAUUCUGGUGUAAAUAAACAUUUCGUAACUUUCUUAAAGGCACAUACCGAACUGAAAUGCAGAAUUGAAUGAUAUUGGCAUUAGAAUGUUAUUUUUUUACCUUCAAUCAGUUUUUAUUAGGGCCGGGACUCGAUUAAAAAUAUGAAUCUAAUUAAUUAGACUAGAUUGAUUUGAUUAAUUAAUCAAAAUUAAUUGCAUAAAUAUUUGACCUGAGAACAGUGAGAAGUAAUUUUUUUCACAUGGAUUUUUAUUUUUGUUCAACCAAUUCCAGCAGACAAGUGUAGAAAUAGCAUAUUUAGAAAUAUAGUACUUUCAGAAAUUCAGGUAGCCUAUAGGUAAGUAGACCUUCUGUAAACUAUGUUUUUUUAAGUAGACCAAUACUUUCAAGUACAUUCAGAACAUUGGUUAUUUGUUCAGACGUGGACUUAGUUACCCUGGUCCUUAAACCAGUCAUCUGGUGCAGUGUGGGUUGGGUGUGGGUCCUUGUACGUCCACGCUAGCUGCUAAUUGUGUUGCGUUGAGGUGAUACUUGAGGCUCGAUGUGAAUUCCUUGUUGCACAGCUUGCACACAACCACGCUCUUAUCGACGCUUCCAUCCGUGUGUUUAUUAUAAUAAGAUUUCCCAUUCACGGGGCCACCCGACACGGUCUCGUCAGCUUCUUCGUUCAUGUUCACUGUGGUUUGUUGUUGUCUGAAGUCAUGGACGCUAGUUGGUGCUCCGGGAUAAUCGGUCCCCCUAAAAAUAAUGGGAUAAAAAAGCUAGACUACUUUUGUUCUUUGACCCAGCUGUGAACCUCAUUAUGCAUUUGUAUUUGUCAUAUUCUCAAUUGAAUCUUAACAGACUUCAACAAUUUAAGAGUAAUUAAAAAGCAAUAGUUAAAUCUGUCAUGUGGUAGGGUGGGGAAAUGUGACACCAGUAUUCCAUUCAUAAGGAUGUGUAGUGACCGUAGUCCGGCUCUGCGGUCAGUGCUAAGCUUGUGUAGUGCAGACUGGUGAUGAUUAGCCUCUUGGCCCCCAGUCUCAGGUGAUUGACCCACAUAGUAAAGAUGAAUGGGGGGCUAAGUGGAAGAUGUAGUGUGGCCCUGGUUAAGCCUGUCUGAGCUACAUGUCUCGGCUGAUCUUCAGCUGCCGAACGUAGUCGCUGAGAUGCUCUUUAUCGUAACGACAGAGGUAACCUGCGAUGACUAUUAGGCCUUUGAUAUAUGAGAUCUACAGGGAAGAAAAAAAAGGGUAAAGCAAUAUACUCACUUCUAGGAUUGCUACAGUAGAGCGGGUACUGCACCAUGCAUAUCAGUCUCUAAAAAUAUGAGUUGAAUGGUGGUUCAGAUGUUUACAAUAUAAUCUGCAAACUGCAGAAAAGGGACGACUUUACUUCAGUCAGUCCACAUCAGGUCUCUAGGUGAAAGGUAAACGCUCCCGCUGAGGGUCGAGCCGUGACACUGAGGGGGAUUGCCUGCUUAAAAUAGUCAGAAUCAACGAAGAAAGCGGAAAAGAAAACACUCCUUACUUCAAAGUAAAACCUGCUUGUCAGCAACUAAACACUAAUGUGUACUACUGACGUUUCUUAUUGGUAAGUAAAAUAUACACCUUUUUUAUGAGUCUGUACAUACAAUACAGUUUUCAAAUGUCAAAAUGUUUGCAUGUUUUCUCAAAACGCAAAAAUAAUAUACUACUCUUUUCACUCUGGUAUCACGAGUUAUCCAACUAUGCAAAUUACUUUGUUGUUUUAAGUUUAGUAACAAGUUUAGUAACAAAAAGAAAUAUAAAGAUAAAUGGAAUUUGAUAUUGAUGCCAAAAUCAUUGGAGUAGUAGAAAAUAAAAUGAAUAUACUAGGGCCUGGACUUUAGCGCGUUAAUUGCGUUUGAUUAAUUAAUUACACAGAAAAUAACACAUUAAACAUUUUUUACGCAUUUUUACACUUAUUUUUUGAACCGCGGAACGUUUCUCACUGGAUGAGUUUCGGGGGGACCGAUUAUACCGGAGCACCAACUAGCGUCCAUGACUUCAGACAACAACAAACCACAAUGAACAUGAACGAAGAAGCUGACGAGACCGUGUCGGGUGGCCCCGUGAAUGGGACAUUUUAUUAUAAUAAACACACGGAUGGAAGCGUCGAUAAGAGCGUGGUUGUGUGCAAGCUGUGCAACAAGGAAUUCACAUCGAGCCUCAAGUAUCACCUCAACGCAACACAAUUAGCAGCUAGCGUGGACGUACAAGGACCCACACCCAACCCACACUGCACCAGAUGACUGGU